GCGAGGGUCCCCGACCUCUGAUUCGCCGCACGGGCCAGCCUCACGGCCUGCACACUGAAUGGCUGCGCCACUACCUGCAAUCGGCCUCGGAUUGGGUGCGUGGCGUCUCCCCGGCGUGAUAGGUCAGGACCACCGCCCCCCUUGCUCCUCAUUGGCUGCUCCGCGAAGCCCGGUCUCCGGGUAAGAUGGCAGCGGACGGACAGUGCUCGCUCCCCGCUUCAUGGCGGCCAGUGACCCUCACCCACGUCGAAUACCCUGCAGGUGAUCUGUCUGGCCACCUCCUGGCCUACCUGAGCCUCAGCCCUGUUUUCGUCAUUGUUGGUUUCGUGACCCUCAUCAUUUUCAAGCGGGAGCUACACACGAUUUCAUUCCUUGGGGGACUGGCACUGAAUGAGGGUGUCAACUGGCUGAUCAAGCACGUCAUCCAGGAGCCUCGGCCCUGUGGAGGCCCACACACAGCAGUGGGCACUAAGUACGGGAUGCCCUCCAGCCAUUCCCAGUUCAUGUGGUUCUUCUCCGUCUACUCCUUCCUUUUCCUGUAUUUAAGAAUGCACCAAACAAAUAACGCCAGGUUCUUGGACUUGCUGUGGAGGCACGUGCUGUCUCUAGGGCUUCUCACGGCAGCCUUUCUCGUCUCCUAUAGCAGGGUCUACCUGCUGUACCAUACCUGGAGCCAGGUGUUUUAUGGGGGUGUUGCUGGAAGCCUCAUGGCCAUCGCCUGGUUCAUCAUCACCCAGGAAAUCCUCACCCCACUGUUCCCCAGGAUAGCAGCCUGGCCCAUCUCCGAGUUUUUCCUCAUCCGGGACACGAGCCUCAUUCCCAAUGUGCUCUGGUUUGAGUACACAGUAACCAGGGCAGAAGCCAGGAACAGACAGCGCAAACUGGGAACAAAACUGCAGUGACUGGUGGGAGUGGCUGGGUCAAGCCUCCGAAUCUGGCCUGCACCAUGCCUUGCAGGAUGGACAGAAUGAUGAACGGAGGGGUGAAGCAGAGACCUCUACAGACCCGAGUCACCAAGUGGAGCCUUUUUUUUUUUCUUAUUUUAAUUUUAUGGACAUGGUGGACCAAAGUGCUGAGUCAGGUCCUCAGCCAGGACCCUGGGAGGGCCUGCUGUGUGUGGGUCACAUGGCCAGAGCCCUUGUCUCUGCUGCUGCCAGCCCUGACUGGGCAGAAAGUGCUCUUGGCAUAGGCCUCAGUGUGUGGAUAGAGCACGGGUAGAGCGCUUGUAUCUCUGGUCCUGAGAUCAGAACUCCGGGUAGCAGAAUGCGCACUAUUUAUUCUUUUGGGAUGUAGAGUUCAUGCUGAAGAGGCUGUUCUGCGGUGGCUGCCCUGCAGUGGCUGCCCUGUGUACAGAGGGCCCAGGUUAGCUCCCAGACCCUGUGCUCUGAGCCUGGAGCAGGACAGCCUGCCUCCUGCUGGGCCUGAGCAGGGCCUGCGGCCCAGGAGUGAGGUAUCCCCCGCUGUUCCUGCCACCAUUGCCAUUCCAGAACCCUGUCAGUGUUUCCUUGUCUGGGGCAGGGCCCAGAGCCAGCACCCAUCGGUCUGUUGGCUGGGCUGCUGGCUUGUGUUCUUCCCUGUAUCAACCCGACAUCACAAGGGCUUUCUCUGGUCCUCUAUCCCUUCCUGACAAAAGAGCCUGCACAGAGGGUGAGCACACCCAAGCGUUUACAGCUCCUUUUGUCUGGCCAUCCGGUAGCAGUCUGUCUUCAUCCCCACUUGAACAAAAGAGAGGACCCAGGAGCUGGGAUGCUGGCAGUGUGGCAGUACACACACCCUCCCCCAUCACCUGUCCCAUGUGCUCUGGAUUUGUCCCUGUCCUUCCUGGCCUGCCCUGGAGGCUGGAAACCAGUGCAGGUUGACCCUGGAGUCUGCCUGGGUGUGGGCUCUCUGAUCCCCACCUUCCCAUCUUUGAGGAGUCCCUUUUAAGGGCCUCUCUCCAAGUUGCCCUGCCACAGCUGUGGAGAUGCUUCCAGAACUGAAGCAGCCCCUGGGGGAGCUGUUUGAACCCUCCCCCGUUUCUCUGUGGAGGUCCCUAACCUGCUGCUGAAGCACAAGUUUUUGGUGCUUUCCUUUGUGUUUGUUAAAGGCCGUGUCCAAGCCCCUCAGAUGCCAGGGCCAGGGCUGGUUUCUAGGGAGGUAGGUCAGUCACAUCUCCUCUCCUUCCCCUAGGAUUUUUAUUUUUUACUUUUUUGCCUGAGACAAGCCAAGUGUGAGGUGGUUUAAGAAAACAAAUGAAAUUGUUUACUAUUGUUUUAAAAUAAAAUCUGAAACUCUG